AUUAAGGAAGAAAGGAAAGAAAAAUAUAUCAGCCUUCUGCCUGAAAAACACUUGCAAAUUUUCGCGGAAAAACUUCUGGUCCUUCUGGAAGCGUCACCAGACAGAAGAAUACCUAUCAAUGAUCUGACAGAUGUGUAUGCAAGACAUCACGGUUAUGCUUUGUGUUUGGAGGAUUUCAACGUGUUCUCAUUGAAAGAGUUAUUAUCCAAGUUUCCACAUCUAUUCUAUACUGAGGUAAACCAUUCACAAGAAAUACAGAAUACAUCGAAACUGUCAUCAGAAGAUACACUAACUGAAAAUAUUGGAGGUGUCGAGCAACAGACCGGACGGAAUCAAGGUAGUGGUCAAGUAGCAGAUACGAAAGUGGGAAAUACUGCAGCCAUUGAUUACCCCACUUCGAAUUACAAUGCUAUUGAAUAUGUGUGCUUAGUUGAUCGAACAGUGAUCAAACAUCUAGCACACAGGGUUAUUUUUAUAUUGCAACAAUAUCAGCUAGGAGCUACGUCUCUUCUGUCGUUUUACGUACUGUUCCAAUAUCAGUUUAGAAAUGAACCUAUGUUGGAUGUAAUAUUUGAAGAAUUGGAAAGUAUUGUGGAGCUUCGAAAGGAUUUGCCCAAUCCACGUGGCGCAAUGUCAUUUGGCUCAUCGAAUGAAGCAAUUCCACAUGACGUCAUAAAUCCUCCCCAUUAUAGACAUACUCAACUUCAAAGCUAUUCGUUUCAGAAUGUGUGUAAUGGUGACCACAGUACGGAAAUUCUAUCGGUAAUACUAUUGAAUCACUUUAUAUCUCUUCGUCCACUGAUCAGACUAGCCGGCGACUUGAAAGAGCUAUUAAGUCACAAUAAUGGGAAGAUCUUACUUGUACAUUUGUGUACCAUGUACCGAAAACAUUUUGGUGUUCCGUUGAAACCAGAGAAUUAUAAUUACCGAUCGUUGGUAACCUUGUUAAAAGCGAUGGAUUUUGUGGUCUCAAUGAGAGGUCGUGGUCUUCAGUGCACAGUGUGUCUAUGCGAGGACUUUAUAGGUGAGUCUGUAUGUUUGCAGUAAUUUUUGUAGACAUUAUUCAUAGUCCCAGUUGUUUACAUUUAUUUCAGUGUAAUGACUGACUGGCUUCGACAUCCUUAUCUAUGUCACCUGUAUUUGAAACGAUGCAGCUCAGGCGAUUAGGAGGACAAUUCGCUUCAGUCACCCUCUCUCGCUAGUGAUUUGUGUCUGUUAAACUUGAAUGGAUGUCUCUAUAAUAUCCAUCGUUUCUGUGUUCAUCCGAUGUCCUGAUACUGGUGUCGAGAGCCCUUUUACUGCAGUGUUCUAUUUUCUGCCUCACCAUCUUUCUCUCCUCUUCCACCUUCUAGAUAUCCAGGAUAAGCCAUUUGGUGUCUUACUUAUUCUUCUUCUUGUUCAAGAUAUCUAUGCAGGUUUUCUUUCACUUCGGUUUCAGAAAGUCCCACUGUUGUUCCACCCAGGUAUCCUCGUGACAUUGCUAAGUAUCUGUGAUGCUCCCUGAAGUGAAGGUAUUCUGCAUGACUUCACUCUUCAGUUUGUGUGUGUUGGACUUGGACUCUGGCUUGUCGAUAGCUUCUAUGAAGGCAUCAAAAGUGAUCUGAAAGGUUUCUUGUACAAGACAGUGAGGGAUCUGAGCCUACACCUGCUCCCCUUCUCUAUCUUGUGUCCAGUAGAUGGAGAUGAUAUUCAUCUGAGCUUUAGUACGUCCACGUAGGUAAACUCAGUUUGUAUUGUGGAUAUCCUUGUGCUUGUACACACUUCCUCUGAUGACCGAUUUGUUGAAGUCACAGGUGUUUGCAAACAGCUCCUCGUUCUCAUUCAUUUCACCAGGUACUUGUAGACCCAUGAUGUGUCGUUCUCUUGUGUUGUUUCCUCCCAGUUUGGCGUUCAAAUCACCCACUAGGAUUUUGAUGUCGCCAUUUCUGAUAGUGGCUUUGUGCAUUCCCGCUUGCAGCUGUUUGUGUGUAAGAUUCUUUCUACUGCUUUUUCUUCUCCUUCACUGGGUCUGCGUUGUUUGUAGGCGAGUAUCAUUGUAGAAUUGUGAUUAUCCUGACAUUUAGAGCGGCAUCUUGCUGUCAUGAUCCUGAAGGAGAUUGAUUUCCACUGCAUGGUAGUGUGGUGUGCUAUUGGUGACGUGGUGAUAGUCAUGCCGUCAGUAUGACAGUGGUUGUCGUCUGGAUGACCGGAGUAGAUUACUAUCUUUCCAGUCAACGAUUUGGACAGUCCACAUACACGAAUUCCAUCUGCUGUCAUAGACCACUAACACGUCUGUAAGGCACCUUUUCUCUUCCUUGUACAAUCUAAACAGCUUUGCCAACCACGAACGUGAAAUGGGCAUUCCAUGUGACUAUGUAUACUUUCGCCUUCGUGUAAAGAAGAGGCACCGGUCGAGUUGCUUACCAAUGGCCUUCAACUGCCAGUGGCGAGAAUGGUGUUGUUUCAUGGGAUAGGGUUGUCAGUGCCACACUCAACUGUCUCCGAGUUCCACUUGGAUGGCGAGGCGUAGGCUGACUCACUUAAUGAAGCUAUACCUGUCACAGAAGCAGCAUAUAGAAUGGUGGACAAUACGAUAGUUAUUAUCAUUGGCAGUGUUAUUGUUAGCGAGAAACGAGGAUGAAUAAACCAUUGAUGGUACAUUUUAUUCUUCUUAUUUGGAGAGAAGUGUAGCACUGAACCUGACAAACAAAGCCAAGCGAAGUUUGAAUUCAACAGUAUCUGCUUCUUUUGAUCUGGUUCACGUGUACCCUAACAAAGCACACAUGGUUUGAAGUCAUAGAAAGAGUCUGGUUGAAUAGUUUGUCAAGCUUAAACGCACUUCAUUUGCUUUGUGGAGCCAAUCGAUGGCUUAGUUACUGUUGUUCUGACGAGAACAAACGAUGUUUAAGACCAUUUUUGGAAUUUAGGGUAAAUGUGAAUGCAGAGACUUUCAAUGAAUUACAUAUUUUUAUGCAGAA